UUUAGGUCUGGGCGGGAGAGAGAUCACGAUGCUGCGAGAAUGACAAAGAAAUUGAGGAUCGUAUUUGGCGUUCUUGGCAACAUCACUACGAUUCUCUCCAGUUUAGCCCCAAUACCCACAUUCUACCGGAUUUACAAGAGGAAGGACACUGAGAAUUUCUCAGUGCUCCCAUAUAUAACCACGAUCUUGUGCAAUUUAUUCUGGGCUUGGUAUGCAUUGCCAUUCAUCACGAGCCAGAACCUUCUCCUCUUUAUUAUCAGUGCGAUUCAGGUGGUGUUGCAAUCCAUCUACGUUAUCAUGUUCUUCAUCUACGCUCCACCUGAAAGAAAGUCGAGGACAACAGUAAUGGUUGUCACGACCGUCAUCCUCUUCGCCAUGGAUAUAAUUAUAACAAUGGCAUUUCUUCGGCAGAGCAAGAGAGAAACUUUUGCCGGCGUGAUUGCCACUAUUUCUUCCAUUCUGGCUUAUGCCGCUCCCUUGUCUAUCAUGGUCCGUCAUGUUCUUUUCUACGUUUUCUUUACUCAAAAACACGAUUUCUCGGCAGGGCCUUGUAAUCAGAACCAGGAGCGUCGAAUACAUGCCGUUCCUCCUCUCCUUGGCCAUCUUUUGCAGCGGUUUUACGUGGACUGUCUAUGGUAUACUUGGACCCGACAUCUUUGUCAUUGUAAGUUGAUCCAAAAGCUCUUGAGCUCCCGGUAAAAAAAACGCGCAAGAUAUCGGAUGGGCUUGGCUUCCUGCUCUCCACGCUGCAGCUCAUUCUGUACGCAGUGUAUUAUCGUCCCCCUGUGCAACAAGUGGCUUACGGGAGCGUCAAGAACUUGCCCGAGGAGCUGGAAUCGGACCAACACCUGGUGGCAAGCUCCACACAGGCGGACGAGAUCGAGCUGGAAAAGAGGUGGCACACUCGAAGCGAAGGCGGCCAAAACUCCAACCAAGGAGCGUCUCCUCCUGUUCCUCCUCCAUCUCGGCCCUUGGAAUCCAUCAAGCUAUCGCAGUCCGUCGUCCUGUACGACGACCCUCGGCUUCCGAACUAAGAAAGCAAAAGAGAAAACAGAGAACGAGACGCAGAGUGUCGGACAAGCAAGCAUGGAAAGGACUGGACAGUUUCCAUCGGGACAGAGCGAAGAGAUAAGCAAACGCUACGGCCUUGCGGGGACAGAAACGAGAAAAGACUCUGUUACGAGCCGGCUCGUCUCUUGCAACUGAAACGACAGUGCACAAGCCUUUGGAUUCUUUCUUCCGUCUGUCCGUCCAGGCCGUGAAUGACAGACUGAUCAGUGAGGUAUUUCUCUUUUCAUCUUUUCCUUCCAGGAGUACUCGAGCGGGGCAUCCAUUGUCUAUCCUCCCUUGCAUUAUGUGGGUUGGCGUGCUGUUUGUGGUCAUUUCUCCGGAAAGGAAAGGCUGGAUGGAGAUUUGUGACAAAGCGAAGUCGACGCGAAAUUUUUUUCAAACUUCGAUGGUCCUUGAAUGGGAAGUGGUGGACGAUUCUUUUUCCGCUGCAAUGACUUUUCCUGAUUUGAUAAUUUGGUGCGCUGUUCAAAUCACAGCGGCCUCCGUUCCAGUAAAAAUCUCUAUUGUGGUGUUUUUUCUUUCUAGUCAAGGAAAUCCCGCUGCUCUUUUUGUACAAGUUUGUUUUUCCCGCAGCUUUAAGAAAAUGUGGAUGGAGUUUAAAGGC